AUGAGUGAUGGGGAGAGCGAUGGGGACAAGCGGGCAUCGAAGAAGCGCAAGGCUAGCCGAGCCUGCGAUCGUUGCAAUGUGCAGCACCAGCCUUGCGACAACGCGAUCCCAAAGUGCAGUGUAUGUGAGCGGGCCGGCACAGAUUGCACAUACAAUAGACCAAUUCGCAAGCGUGGACCUCGGACUGGGUACACCGCACAGUUUGGCGAGCGACUAUGGGGCUUAGUCUUACGUGCCAACCCAGAUCUUGAGGAUGUGGUACUCCAAUUACUUGCCAGUGGCAUGCCCGGCGAUACUGGAGUCUCGAAUGCGGACUAUUUCAAGAAUAAUGACAAUCAGUCAGAACUAGUCAAUCGAUUCAACGAGAGUCGGCUCGGCAAAUUUGUACAUAAUGGGGAGCUGCCGAGCCUGGAUGAACUUCGAAAAACCCAAGCAUCAGCACAGGCCAACGCUCAUCUUCCGGCCGCCAACAAAGGUGACCAAGGCACGGGUGAUGGUGAAAUUCUGCAGAGCCACGGCCGUCGUUCGAGAAGGAGCACAGUUUCAGUGACGUCGAAGCCGUCACCUAGUGUGAAUCCUCAUGGUCCCAUACAAAAUCCAGGCGACAUAUACACUCUCAGUGAAGAUAUCCGAAAGCGAUCCUCCCACGCUGAUGUGGAUGGUUUGAGCCAAACCCAAAGACCCUCGCCUUCUCAAAAUAUAACACAAACCCCGGAUUGGCAUAGUUUUUCGACAUCUGCUAAUAACAAUACCUCGUUACCGUUUGAGUUCAUGCCAGAUAGUUUCACGCAUGACUAUGGCUCAUUAUUACGCACUCCGGUCCAAAAUGGAAGAGGUAUAUCCGAGGUCCAGUCUUCCAGCAAAGAAAAUAAUCCAGCAAAGAGUGUUGAUGAGUUGCUCGUGAAUCGAAACAUAUCUGGAGUGCAGACGGGCACUCAAAGUACUGAUUUUGACUUCCCCGACAUAAAUCAAUGGUACGACUCAAUUCCAACAGAUACGCUGCUGAACCUGGGUUUUACUGGCGGCGAGGGUAUGGCACAAGACUUCCUGGAACUUUGCGAAAACCCUGACCCAGUUGAAAGCGCUCCAAUUUCACCAAGUGGUCAAGAUGAAGAUGAAGAAGCAGUUUGGCGUCGACUAGUUAUGCGAGGUCGGUUUGUCUGA